AUGGCGGAACAACCAAUAUCAGAACAACUUGUAGAAGGCACAAUCAUUGCGAAUCGCUUCAAGAUCCUUCAAAAACUCGGAGCCGGCGCGUGUGGAAGUGUCUUCAAAGUUGUUGAGGAAGAAGAAGGAGGUGCGAAAGAUCAAGUUGCUCCAAAAUUGUAUGCUUUGAAAGCGGAAUAUUACGAUGCAUCGCAAAGUGAUAGUAUUCUGAAGAUGGAGGUGCAAAUUCUGGAGAAAUUGAAGAAGAAAAAACACGUUCUUCAACUAAUCUACAGUGCAAAACGUCCAGAAUUCAGUUAUAUGGUCAUGACACUUCUUGGAGAAAGUUUGGGACGUUUGGUGGAGAAGUUCGGACCCUAUUUCAAUGCCUCAACGCAGCUAAGAAUCGGAAUAAUGUUGCUUUAUGGUGUAAAACAAAUACACGAUGUGAGUUUAUUUGGAAGUGGAUCAUUAAAAUAUUCAUUUUGUUCUAGAUUGGAUACAUCCAUCGAGAUUUGAAGCCAGCAAAUGUUGCACUAGGAUAUGUGAGUUGAAGAGAAACUUGACACUAUGUGGAAAUCGAGCUGAUUUUCCACGUGGCCGCUUCGCGGAAGCUUGCGGAUUAUAGACCGCAAUUUUCCGCGCUGCGAGACCGCGUUAGGGCCACGUGGAUUACUAUAACGUAGAAUAUCAGUACGAUUCCCAAGUCAUAGUGAUCCGCAACGCGAAAGAUUGCGGUUUACAUCAUUUUUUUCAUCGUAAGAUGUGUAAUCCGCAAUCUUCCGCGUAUCUACCGCUUCACCGGCCACGUGGAUUACUCGUAUACGAUUCUCACGUCAUAAAAAAUUAUGUAGACCGCGAUUUUCCGCGUUGCGGAUAACUAUGACGUGGAAAACGUACUGAUAUUAUACGUUAUAGUAAUCCACGUGCCGCUACGCGGAAGCUUGCGGAAACCCCUAUUUUUUCAGCCAGGAAGUGACGAUGAACGUAUGAUGUUGAUUCUGGACUUUGGUCUAGCUCGUGAAUACAUCACAAAACAAAAAGAUGGCAAAAUCUUGUUGCGUCGCCCCAGAGAUCGUGCAUUUUUCCGCGGAACUUCGAGAUAUUGUUCGAUUGCAAUGCACGAGAGAACCGAACAAGGCCGAGUCGAUGAUCUAUGGGGUCUUUGCUAUAUUUUAGCCGAACUUCGAGCAAAACUCCCUUGGGCUGAUAUUUAUGAGAAGGAAGACAUUGCGAUGGAGAAGAAGGCGACUUUGGAUGAGCGGCUUUUCCUCAAUUCACCAGUUCAACUUCUUGAAUUUGUGAAGGAGGUUCGAAAACUCAAUUAUUAUGAUCAUCCGAAUUACGAGAAACUUUUCAAAAUUUUGAGUGAUUCGAUGAAUAAUGCGGGUUAUCGAUGGAAAGAUCCAUAUCAUUGGGAGAUCAAGAAGAAGGGCGAUAAUUCUGGUGAUCGCAAUCCGAAAAAUCCGAAACUCAAGUCGAAGAGCAAAUUUGUGACAAUGUCGGAGAAAUUGAUCAAGAGUCGAAGAACCAAAAGUGCAGCACCGGCGGCGAAAAAGAAGGAAUCUUGUUCGGAUAAAAUGGGGAAAACUAAAGGUGAGGGGGAUUUUUGCCUUGUGGGAAAUUUUCUCAAAAAUUUAACAUUUCAGCAUUGUCAGUCAAUAGUUCUCCAAACAUUGCGGGGGCAACUGCGGAUGUUCCAUUUUUCACGAGCGAGGAUUUUACUAGUAAUCCGAUUGGAUUUUGA